CUCGCAGCCCCCGCCAUGGGGCUGGGCGGGCCCGGGGUCCGGCCGAGCUGAAGCGGCGGCGCCGGCUCGCGCCCCCGGCUCGCCGGCGUCUGGCCGUCAUGAUGAUGAAGAAGAAGAAGUUUAAGUUUAAGGUGGACUUCGAGCUCGAAGAGCUCUCCUCGGUGCCCUUCGUCAACGGGGUGCUCUUCUGCAAGAUGCGGCUGCUGGACGGCGGCAGCUUCACGGCCGAGUCCCCCAGGGAGGUGGUGCAGGCAAACUGUGUUCACUGGAGGAAGAAGUUCUCAUUUAUGUGCAAAAUGAGUGCAAGUGCCACCACAGGCAUCCUGGACCCCUGUAUCUACAGAGUAUCUGUGAGAAAGGAAUUAAAAGGUGGAAAAGCUUAUGCCAAGCUGGGCUUUGCAGAUCUAAAUCUGGCUGAGUUUGCUGGAUCAAGAAAUACCACUCGUCGCUGUUUACUGGAAGGCUAUGAUACCAAAAAUACAAGACAGGAUAAUUCCAUUCUUGAAGUUUUGAUCAGUAUGCAGCUGAUGUCUGGCGACCCAUGUUUUAAAACGCCUCCCUCCACAUCCAUGUCCUUGCCAAUCGCUGGGGAGUCGGAAUCGCUGGAGGAAGAUAGAAAAGGUGGAGAGACACUCAAAAUCCAUCUUGGAAUUGGAGAUCUCUCAGCAAAAAGUGCCUCUGUUCCAGAUGAACUCGGUGCCUGUGGACAUUCUCGAACAUCAAGCUAUGCAAGCCAGCAAUCCAAAGUAUCAGGGUAUAGCUCGUGCCACUCUCGGUCAUCAAGUUUCUCUGAGCUCUGCCACAGGAGAAAUACUUCUGUGGGUAGCACCUCAACAGGAGUUGAAAGUAUUCUAGAGCCAUGUGAUGAAAUGGAGCAAAAAAUAGCUGAACCAAGUUUGGAUACAGCUGACAAAGAAGACGCAGCCUCAGAAGCACUCGCCAGAUGCCCAGUGAAACAAGACUCUGUAGAAUCUCAACUGAAGCGAGUAGAUGACACCAGAGUGGAUGCGGAUGAUAUUGUGGAGAAAAUACUACAAAGUCAGGACUUCAGCCUAGAUUCCAGUGCAGAAGAGGAAGGACUGAGGUUAUUUGUAGGCCCUGGAGGAAGUACAACCUUUGGCAAUCACCAUCUUCCCAACAGAGUGGGGUCUGGAGCUUAUGAACAAGUCGUGAUCAAACGCUAGAAGUCAAGAUCAUGAGCCAAAGCUUCAUUAAUAUAUGACAGCUGAGUUCUGCAGGCACUUGAUUCAAGCACUUGGGAGACCAUGAACCCUACACAUCGGGGGGAGCUGACGCCGAGUGAUGUGAAGUGCCCCACUCUCCUCCUGCGCCCUCAUGGGAGAGUGCUGCCAUUCAGCCAUGUGCUGUGUUCCUGGAAGCUUCUGGAGGCCCUGCAUGUAAUCAAAAAAACUCUACUAUUUCUUGUAGAAAGAAAGUGGUGACCCACCCAUUGGAGCUCUGAUCAUUUACUUUUAUAUUCAAGAGACAAUAAGUGGAUAUAAUUUAAACCCUCUAGCUUCAGUUCAGAUAGUUAUAUGCUUCCUCCCAAGGAAACCUUCCAUAUUAUGAUACCUACAGUAUUCUACUAAGUUUAUUAACUCUCUUUGAUGCCAUAAUUGAUAUAUGGGUAAAAUGUUAAUGCUACAGUUUUAAACACAUAAAAUGCUUAAUAAUUCUAAGUGUAUCCAUUGUAAAUUAAGUGACAAAUGUGUUUUCAGUUCGAAAUACAUGAGUGGGCAUGAUGCCAGUACUAUGCAGCGUGUCUCAUGAGGUUUUCAUAGUAGAUGAGCAGCAGAACUCCCACCAGUGGUCUGUAAGACAUUCAAGAUACAUUUGAUAUUUGGUGUGUUGGCUACCUAAGGCAUCCUGGUAUCAGAGCUGGUUUAACUACAUGAAUAACAUCCGUCAGUUUUCAGAGUCAGAUUUUAGAAUAACAGAACUACAAUGUGAUCAGAAACAGUCUUUUCCCUGGGAGCUAAGACUUACUUGGAACUAAAAAUUAUUCCAAGGAGUAAGAGGCAGGGGUCCGCUACUUAAUAUGGCUAACCAGGUGGGUGCUUUUCCGUUUUCUCUCCCUGUGAUCAGAUACGAUGUUUUCUUAAAGUUAGUAAUUUUGAGGCAAGAAUAUACUAUACCAUGCAUCAACUGCUGAGCUUUUUUAAAAUAAGGCUCUCUGAUCUGGAUCCACUUUAACAGCACAGCAGAUAAAUGUUAGAGAUUUUCUAGUCUUACAUGACAGUUUGUGUGGAAGCUAUUUUCUUUAAAUGAGUCGCUAAAGAAAAAAUGUAAAUGUAAAAAUGUAUUUUAAAAAAUCAUUAAUUUCCACUCUUUUCAAAUCCAUAUCUGAGAAAUGUAAUGUUAGACUAGAAUUGUUUUGGUCUAAAUAUUUUCAUGUUGGCAAAAUAAGGGAGGAAAUAUCUCAUUUUUAAGGAGACAUUAUUUUAAUACCCAAAUUUAAAGAUUUGAAAAGAAAUCUAAAUAGUUCAUGUUAGGGUUAUUUUUUUUAAUCUUUCAAGGACUAAGCUUUCCAAAUGAAUUCAGUACUACUUUUUCAGAUAGAUGCUGAAAUUUUUUUAAAAAUACCCUUUUAAAAAAUACCGUGUUGAGAGGGUUUGAGUCAUUUAGCUAUAUUUUUUAAAAUUUGUUUUGAAGGAAAAAAUUGGCUUAAACAUUUAGUCUCAUAAAUCUAAAAGACCUGCUGUCUGUAAAUAAACAAAUGAACUGGUCCACUCAGUAUAUCUUAUGGAAAAAUGAAGAUUUUAAUAUCAAUGUGAAGAUACUGCUUAAGAGAUAUUUAUUAUAAUGUCUUAAAACAUUUUUCUAUUUUACAAAUAUUAUUUGAGGCUCUAUUUUUAUUGGUGCUUCUGCAAAUGGUUUUGCAGCUUAUCAUGAGACAAUAAAAAUAAGGUUGUAUGCAAGGUUUAGUGAGGACAUUCUCAGUUACAUCGAAGGUAACUGGACACCAGUCUGGACACCACACUUGUCUUACAGGUGCUUUGGCCUGAUACCUUUAUAAUUUAGCAGCUGCCAGAUAUAUCUCAAUUUAUGAAAAUAUAACAUGUAUUUAAAUAAAUGGGGACAUUUAUUAGGGAUCAAAAGGAAAAGAUGGCAUGUCCUCUAGUUCAUGGUAGUUUGGAUUACUUUACUCUUAUUUUGUAUUCCACCAACAUACUGUACAAUCAAAAUUUCAUUAUAGUCCUUUGAAAAUGUCUGUGAACAGUUUCCUCAGUGUCUGCCCUAGUUUCUGCUUUUUAUUUUCUUAAAACAUGUACUAUUAAUAUAUUUACCAUACUGCUGUUGAAAAAGAUAAUAUGAAUAUUAAAGACCAAGUCCACUUUUGGUCCUGUCUUGGGUUGAGGGAAACAAAUUGGAAAAAAUAUUUCAGUAAAUUGAUCUUUAAAUAUUAAAAGUCAUAUAUCAAAUCACCCAAUCUUGGAAAAUUUGCAGGUGUAUAUGGAUUUCCCUUUUCUAACUUAGCCUCAAGUUAUUUUCAAGCUAUCUUUUUUGUGAACAGGAAUAAAUAAGUUGCUUGGGGAAAAUCCAUAGACCAGUAGAGAGCCCACUUCCUGUCCAGUGGAGAGUCCACCUCCUGUGACUUGAGCCAGUGACUGAGACCAGGAAGGAUGUGAAGGAUAGUAAGGCACAGAACAAAGCCCGGGGUUACCAGCUUACACAUCGGUGACUGACACCUUCAAAGGCCUCUGGAUUCAGAAUAGCAUUUAUAACCUGAGAAAGUUCUGAUCAGGAAUCUAACAUUUGCCCUCCCAUCUCCCGUUCUAGCAAAAUACUAUAUCCCAGUAAUCAGACCCACAUUUCUAGAUUCUUAUAUUUGGGUGAUUUUUUUUUGUUUUUGGGGGGUGGGGUUGCAUGAAAAUUGGGGACCACAAAGGACAUUUGUUGCUAGAAAGAAAAAAAUCCCAACUUGUACCAAUCCAAACUUAUUCAAGUUUGGGUAGUCAAAGGUUUCAGCAAGUUAAAACAUCCAGAAAUACUUUAGAUGAUGUGAUUUCCAUGCUAACUAGAUCACUUUGCAAGCUCAAACUGGCUAUGUGAUUGAAUACAUCAUUGAAGUAUGACUUCCAAUAUAAUGCUCUUAACAAGACAGGGCUCCUGUUAUGGGGUUUUAUUUUAUUUUAAACUGGGGCAGUUCAUAAAUUAACCUUGGUCAAUUCUCUUAAAUGGUAUAUUAUGUAAACAUAAUCAAGUCCUAUUUAUAGUUAAAACUGUUAUACCACUAUUCAUUGGUUGGCUUAGGUACUCUGCAUAAUGUUAAUAGCUGGGAUGUUAAAGAAUAUGAAAUCUAAAAAUAUAAAGGAUAAAAAAUAUGUGCAUACUAACCAUGUAAAGACUGCUCUGGAAAUAAAGGCCUUAUUAGUCCCUUAUAUAUGUGACUGUUUAUAAGAUUAUAACAGUGUGAUUUAAAUGUCUGAGCGGUCGCUAGCUACUCCCCAUUGUUAAAAAGUUGAAAUUUCAAUUUACACAUAGAGUAUACCCUGCAUUUGCAGAUUUUUGUAUAUAUGAUAGUUUUAUGUGUAUGUAUCUCUUAUGUAUAACAGAAAAUUCUCUGAUAUUUGUUGACCAAAUCCUAUUCAGAGAAAGCCAUUCAGUUUAAUUUUCUUUUUUUAAACACAAUUUGGGAGGAUAACCUUCCUUUCUCAUCCUCUGGAAGGUUCAUAAAAUUGUGAGUAAUCAUGCAAAUGUUUAUCAAAAAACUUUUAUUGAAGUGAUUCCAUCAGUAUUCUGUUCUAAUACUUGGUGAAUGACCUUCAUAUUUAUAUAUGUUUUAACUGUUAAAUAUAAAUCCAAGAAACGUUUUCUUUUUUAUUUAAAAAAAUUUUAUUGUAAAAUAUUUGUAAUAAUGUAAUGGUGAAUCUUAUUAUACACAUUCAAUAAAUCAUAUCUUAAAGU